GUUCGGACUCUGAAGUUUAGUCGCAUCCGACAUGCAUCAAUGGGCAGUUGAGACAGAGAAAGAGAGCGAGAAAGCUCAAGGAGCUCGACUGUAAUCAAGGGAAUCUAUUUUGGCAAACAUGAUAUACUAUAUUGCAUUCGGACUUUGUACAACAGAAUUCGCAAUGGAAUUUCAUGCGUAAUUUAGCACACUUUAGAAAAUCAUCAUCAAUAAUUUAGGCCAAGUUGUCGAUUGGAAGGCAUCAAUAAUGCAGAGAAACAGUCGGUCAGUUAUUAGACCAGGUCAGGGAAUACUUACAACAUUGUCUGGGAACACUUGCAGCUGCCCCGUAAUAAUAAUAACAACACGUCGAUGCCCACAAAGUGGCAAAAAUGAAUACUACGUGUAUUCCAAGUAUUCCAGUAAGCAGUGAACAACGGGACAAUGAACAUGUCUGUGCCUGUCGAUCAGCCAUUGGUAUUGCUGAGCAAAUCGAAUCCCGUAUUCUGUUGCUAUCUAUUCUGGAGCAGUUUGCUCAUCAUCAAGAUGCUCUUAAUGUCCUUGCUGACGGCAAGGCAACGCAUCAAGACCAAAACAUUUGCCAAUCCCGAAGAUCUCCGCAUGGGACGCACUCCAGAGGUGCGCUUCAACGAUGCAAACGUGGAACGCAUGCGACGCGCGCAUCGCAAUGACCUGGAGAACGUGCUGCCAUUUCUGCUGAUGUCUUUGGCGUAUGUGGCCAGCAAUCCACAUCCGCUGACCGCCAAGAUGCUCAUCCGCAUUGGCGCCAGUGCUCGACUUUUGCACACCAUUGUUUAUGCUUGCAUUCCGCUGCCGCAGCCGACGCGAGCUUUAAGCUUCUUUAUUACCUUUGGCAUUGUGAUCUUUGAGGCAUUCUAUGUGCUCAUCUGUGCCAUUAAGUACAUUUGAAGCGGAGAACUGAGAGUUAUUAC